GCGGGGGCCGGGGGUCCCGCAGGCAGCGGCGCGAUGGAGCCCACGGCCUCGCGGGUGUUCUGCGGGCGGGUGCUGGGCAUGGUGAACGCCGAGGACGUGAACGCUAUCAUCCAGGCUCAGAAGAACAUGCUGGAUCGCUUCGAGAAGACGAACGAGAUGCUGCUCAACUUCAACAACCUGUCGAGCCUCCGCAUGCAGCAGAUGAACGAGCGCUUCCUGCACCACACCAAGACGUUGGUGGAGAUGAAGAAGGACCUCGACAGCAUCUUCCGUCGGAUCCGGGCGCUGAAGGGGAAGCUGGCCAAGCAGUACCCGGAGGCUUUCAGCAACAUUCACGAAUCUCCUAUUCUAGAAGACGACGAUGACUUCGACCCAGUUCCAAAGAGCACGACAACCACCAUUGCUACCUCUGAGCAGAGCACGGAGUCCUGUGACACGAGCCCCGACAUCAUCUCUCCCACCAUGAGUCAGGAUUUUGAGGAUUUAUCACAGGGCCAGUACGAUUUACCGGCUGUGAAUGGACAGAGUCUGACAGACGAAGACACUGCCAACGACCUGGACUAAGGCACGUGGCUCUGCCCCAUCCCUGGGGCCCCUGAGAACUCUCUAUCUUGUAUUUAUAUUUGUGUGUUCCUUUGGCCAUUUAUUUUUGGGAAGAGAUGACUGAGUGAAGAAGGGGGUGAAGGGUCCCUCCUACUGCCUCAAACCUGCCAUUGUAGCGCAAAUCCUGCAACUUAAUAUGGGCAAAUGAGUAAAACGAGGAUUUGAAAAGCC